AUGCUUCUUCAUCGUGUGUUGUUUGUUCUGGCGUUGCUUUUGAGCAUUAUCUCUUUAUUUGUGGCGGCUGAUGCUACUGACUUGACUUCAGCUGAAGGUGUUGUUGGUGGUUGCUCUCCUGAAGGUGGUCCGUCUGAUAAUUCUGAGUGUGCUCAGCCUCUCAAAGGUAGCAAGGGUAACCCUGGUUCCCCUGGUCCCGCUGGCAACGCAGGUAAAGACGGUUCUACUGGUGCUGCUGGUGGAAAAGUCGAAGGCCCUGAAGCUCUUGAAGAUAGUAGGGUAACUCAAAGAACCACCACUCAUGGUUCCGUUCCUGCUGCUCAAACGUUACAACCACAACUAUCUUCUGGUUCACCGCCAACGCCAGGUUCAACUGGGAAUUUGGCUGCUCCUGGUUCUCAUGGACAUGAUAGUCGUGUUCCCAGUGCAUCAGAUAAAGGUUCUGAUGUUGCUCCACAAGUUGCAGAGGAUCAUCUCGAACAAAAGGGUACUGAUGACAGACCUGCUACUCCUGCUGGUCAUAAUUCUGCGUCUACAGUUAUCAGUCAAAGUGGAAACAACGAUAAUAGUGCAUCCAGUGAACGUACAGAUAACAAGGGCGAGACCGUUACACCAUCAUCUACCAGCAGUACGGAGUCAAAACCCGAUGGAGAACCUGAAACUAUAACGAGUGGAAAUGACGUUACAUCUGAAGUGAAUGAAUCAUCAAACAACCAAAAUGCGGGAGAAAAUACAAUAACCACUACCACCACCACCACCACAACAACAACAACAACAACACUUCCUCCUGAACUCACAAACAACAAGAAGGGUGAUGCAGACAGCAGCAUCAGUAUCAGCAGUUCUGUGUGGGUGCGUGUACCACUACUGAUUGUGGUUACACUGGCCUGUAUUCUUGUGUGCUGA